AUGGCGGCGACUCUGGGACCCUCUGGGUGGUGGCAACGGUGGCGGCGGCGUUUGUCGGCUUGGAAUGGGUCCAGGAUGUUGCUCCUUCUCCUUUUGUUGGGGUCUGGGCAGGGGCCACGGCAAGUCGGGGCGGGUCAAACCUUCGAGUACUUGAAACGGGAACACUCGCUGUCGAAGCCCUACCAGGGUGUGGGCACAGGCAGUUCCUCACUGUGGAAUCUGAUGGGCAAUGCCAUGGUGAUGACCCAAUAUAUCCGCCUUACCCCAGAUAUGCAAAGUAAACAGGGUGCCCUGUGGAACCGGGUGCCAUGUUUCCUGAGAGACUGGGAGUUGCAGGUACACUUCAGAAUCCAUGGACAAGGGAAGAAGAAUCUGCAUGGGGAUGGCUUGGCAAUCUGGUACACAAAGGAUCGGAUGCAGCCAGGGCCUGUGUUUGGAAACAUGGACAAAUUUGUGGGGCUGGGAGUAUUUGUAGACACGUACCCCAAUGAGGAGAAGCAGCAAGAGGCCCAGAAGAGGCGAUAUUCUCCAGGAGUCCAGCGGGUAUUCCCUUACAUCUCAGCCAUGGUGAACAAUGGCUCCCUCAGCUAUGAUCAUGAGCGGGAUGGGCGGCCUACAGAGCUGGGGGGCUGUACAGCCAUUGUCCGCAAUCUGCAUUAUGACACCUUCCUUGUGAUUCGCUAUGUCAAGAGGCAUCUGACGAUAAUGAUGGACAUCGAUGGCAAGCAUGAGUGGAGGGACUGCAUUGAGGUGCCAGGGGUUCGUCUGCCCCGGGGCUACUACUUUGGUACCUCCUCCAUCACUGGAGAUCUCUCGGAUAAUCAUGAUGUCAUUUCCCUGAAGUUGUUUGAGCUGACAGUGGAGAGAACCCCAGAAGAGGAGAAACUGCAUCGAGAUGUGUUCCUGCCCUCAGUGGACAACAUGAAGCUGCCUGAGGUGACCGCCCCAUUGCCGCCCCUGAGUGGCCUGGCCCUCUUCCUCAUCGUCUUCUUCUCGCUGGUGUUUUCCGUAUUUGCCAUUGUCAUUGGUAUCAUACUCUACAACAAAUGGCAGGAACAGAGCCGAAAGCGUUUCUACUGAGCCGUCCUGCUACUGCCGCCCCUGUGGCUGUCACUAUGAGGUGUGGGAGGAGCAGGCACUGGC